UGUGAAAGGAUCGUCGGGCAGUCAUUGGUUGGAGCGGCUGGAGUGGGUGUGAGCAAGGUGAAGCGAAGAAGUGACAGCCAGGGUGGAAGCAGCGGGACUGGAUGUUUUGACUCGCCGCCCUGCAACAGUGUGUCCGUCGCUCGGUGUGUGGAGCCGGGCGAGAGGCGUAUCAGAUGGCAGCAGAGGAAAAGCUCACAUCUGCUCUGGAUCUUGGGAAUGAACAAUCUCGCUCUCCCACUAGCCCAUCACGUCUCACCCAUUUUAAGCCUCUGACUCCAGAUCAAGAUGAACCUCCUUUCAAAUCAGCCUAUAGCUCCUUUGUGAGCCUCUUCCGUUUCAGCAAAGAUGAUGGGAGACCCAACUCUUCAUACAGGCCAGAACUAUCCCAGAGUGAACCACAAGUUACGGGAGCAAAUUGGUCUAACCACCAAAAUGAUGGACAAGCAUAUUUAAGGACGCCACCAGCCUACAAAAAACAAUGUAUUGCAGAAAACACUCGGAGAGCAUCCAGUGCAUCAAUGGUCAAAGCUCAAGGUGCAGAUGGUCAUAGGAAACCAGAUGUUUCUAUGGGUGGCCAUGAUCCUCGAACAGCAGUACAACUGAGGAGCCUGACUACAGUUUUGAAGCGUUUGAAAGAAAUAAUGGAGGGCAAAAGCCAGGAUACUGACCUGAAGCAGUACUGGAUGCCAGACAGUCAGUGCAAAGAGUGUUAUGACUGCAGUGAGAAGUUUACUACUUUUAGACGUCGACACCACUGCCGUUUAUGCGGGCAGAUCUUCUGUAGUCGCUGUUGCAAUCAAGAAAUUCCUGGGAAAUUCAUGGGUUAUGCAGGUGAUCUUCGGGCAUGCACGUACUGCAGAAAAAUAGCUCUGAACUAUGCACACUCCACAGACAGCAGCUCCAUUGGUGAAGAUCUCAACGUUUUAACUGACUCAACGUAUUCUGUGUCUAUGUUGGAUCCCAAUGAGCCUCGAACUCCUGUAACUGGACGGAAAAUCAAUAAAAAUAAUUUUUUGGAAGAGGACCUUGCUUGGCAGAGCUUGGGUCAUCAGGACUCGCAGAAUAAUGCCUUGACAUCACGUCUCACAGCAGUACAAGAAGAUGUAGGAAUGUCACCUGCACGUAAAAGAUCUGCGAGCAUAACCAAUCUUUCUCUGGACCGAUCUGCUUCACCCAUGAUUCCUUCCUAUGACAGCUCUAUUAGUCCUCAAGCCUCUCGGGCACACAUCAAAACUGAUCCCAAUGAAGAAGAAAGGAAACUCCUUCUGGAUUCUGUGCAACUUAAAGAUUUGUGGAAGAAAAUAUGCCAUCACAGUACUGGCAUGGAGUUCCAAGAUCAUCGAUACUGGUUGCGAACAUAUCCUAAUUGCAUAGUGGGAAAGGAACUGGUGAACUGGUUGAUUAGAAAUGGACAUGUAACUACACGAGCCCAAGCAAUUGCCAUUGGCCAGGCAUUAUUAGAUGGGCGAUGGCUUGACUGUGUAACUCAUCAUGAUCAGCUUUUCCGAGAUGAAUAUGCCUUGUAUAAGCCUUUACAAAGUACUGAGUUUUCUGAGACACCAUCACCAGACAGUGAAUCAGUAAAUUCAGUGGAAGGCAAUUCUGAACCAUCGUGGUUUAAAGACAUUAAGUUCGACGACAGUGAUACUGAACAGAUGCAGGAUGAUGGAGAAGAAAUCAUGCAAAGCUUUUCCAGCCCUAGCAAGCGUACAUCAGUAAGCAGCUUUCAGUCAGUCGUGGACAGUGACUCUGCAGCUUCUAUCAGCCUAAAUAUGGAAAUGGACAAUGUCAACUUUCAUAUCAAGAAACAUUCCAAGUACCCAUAUGUCCCAACACAUCCAGCAGAUCAGAAAGAAUUCCUUGUAUCUGAAGAUGGAGUACAACAAAUCAUCGGUAUUAGUGAUGCUUUUAUUAAAGAGUCUCUCUUUGAUCGUCGGGUUGAAGAAAAGUCAAAAGAUCUCCUUUUUACACCACUUGGGUGGCAUCACAGCUCCCUGGAACACCUCAGGGAAGAAAAUGGAGAAAAACAAGCAAUGGAGAGGCUACUUUCAGCUAAUCAUAGCCAUAUGAUGGCCUUGUUACAGCAGCUUCUGUACUGUGAGUCUCUCUCAUUAUCAUGGAGAGACAUAAUUGUUCCUGUGGUACGACAAGUUGUGCAGACAGUACAUCCAGAUGUCAAGAAUAAUGACGACGAUAUGGAUAUCCGCCAGUUUGUUCAUAUUAAAAAGAUUCCUGGUGGCAAGAAAUUUGAUUCUGCAGUUGUAAAUGGAUUUGUUUGUACCAAAAAUAUAGCCCACAAGAAGAUGAAUGCUUACAUAAAAAAUCCGAAGAUCCUGCUGUUGAAAUGCUCCAUUGAAUAUCUCUAUCGAGAGGAAACGAAGUUUACGUGCAUAGAUCCCAUUGUUCUGCAGGAAAGAGAAUUUCUGAAGAAUUAUGUACAGCGAAUAGUGGAUGUUCGGCCAAAUCUGGUACUUGUUGAAAAAACCGUUUCCCGCAUUGCUCAAGAUAUGCUUCUGGAGAAUGGCAUCACCUUAGUUAUUAACGUAAAGCCGAAUGUGCUAGACCGAGUGAGCCGUGUUACUCAGGGUGAUUUAGUUAUGUCAAUGGAUCAGCUUCUAACCAAGCCUCGGCUUGGCACAUGUCAUAAAUUUUAUCUUCAGCCAUUCCAGCUGCCUAGCGGUCAUACAAAGACACUUAUGUUUUUUGAAGGAUGUGCCCAACAUUUGGGUUGUACUGUGAAGCUAAGAGGUGCGUCAGAAUACGAGCUAGCAAGAGUGAAAGAAAUUCUCAUUUUCAUGGUCUGUGUAGCUUAUCAUUCUCAACUUGAACUUUCUUUCCUAAUGGAUGAAUUUGCAAUGCCUCCAAGUUUAUCUAAAAAUGGAUCAAUUAAUUCCAUCAUUGAUGGUGAGGCUACAGACAAUGAUGGACAAGACUUAUUUAAUGAUGAAAAGAUUGGCUACCUUUGCAAAGAUUCUGAUGCUGCAAUCGAAGGCAUUCCUUUAGUAUCUGAAUUUACGCAAGCUCCUAGUUUCGACUGUUCAGUGGAAAAUGCACUUUAUGAGGAAGAUAAACUGCUAAGAAAAAGUGUUUCUCAAGAUAGUGUUUUUGCAAAGCUAGAAAGUUCCACACCUGUUAGUGCCCCUCCAGAUUUAGAUAUUCCUUUUCUUGACAUCGAUUCAUCUCUAAAAGACUCACUGACAGCCGAAAAUAAUGAAGACCAAAUGCCUCUGGGUGAUUACCAUGCAUUUUUAAAUGAGCAACCCAGAUCACGAAAUGACUCUGCAGGGUGUGAUCAGUCGGUAGGAAAUGAACCUAAAUUGUUCCGUGAUCCCCUUCAGGAUGAUACAGAUCUUUUUGUUGCUGAACAUGUUACUUCUUCUGAAGACAGACUAAAAUCUUAUUCAAUUGCAUUCAAGCAAGAAUUGAAAGAUAUUAUCCUUUGUAUAUCUCCUUUUAUUACAUUUAGAGAACCUUUUCUAUUGACAGAGAAAGGUAUGAAAUGUCCAACAAGAGGCUAUUUUCCGGAGCAAAUCUAUUGGUCCCCUCUCUUGCACAAAGAUGUUAAAGAAAUAGAAUGCAGAAGAAAGAAGCAACUUCUUAAGGACUUAACAAAUCUUCAGGGCUUAAAUGGAAAUGUCCAGGCAAAAUCUACACGAAUUCUUCCUUCACAUGAUUUGCUGAGUACCAGAAUAACUCAUUCCUUGGGAAGUAACCAAAGUUUAUCAAAGCUGUUAGCUGAUUAUAGAGCUCGAGGUGGUAGGAUAAAGAAUGAAGAAAUAGAUCCCUUUACACAGAGUAAAGAGGACCACAGUAAAACAACUGUAAAAGAUGGAGAUGAGGAAAUCCAGCGAGGACAGAACCAGAAUGAUUUGUUAUGGGCAUCAAAGGUGGACUGUUUGAACCCUGCAAACCAUCAGAAGCUUUGUGUUCUCUUCAGUAGUUCUUCUGUCCAGUCAAGCAAUGCACCAAAUCCAUGUGUCAGUCCAUGGAUUGUCACAAUGGAAUUUUAUGGGAAAAAUGAUCUGACUUUGGGAAUAUUUUUAGAGAGAUACUGCUUUCGACCAUCCUAUCAGUGUCCCAGCAUGUUCUGUGAAACACCUAUGGUGCACCAUAUAAGACGUUUUGUACAUGGCAAUGGCUGUGUACAGAUUGUACUAAAAGAGCUUGAUUCUCCUGUUCCUGGCUAUCAACACACAAUCCUGACUUAUUCGUGGUGUAAAAUAUGUAAACAGGUAACUCCAGUGGUUCCAUUGUCCAGGGACUCAUGGUCCAUGUCCUUUGCUAAGUAUCUGGAAUUAAGGUUCUAUGGCCAUCAGUAUACCCGAAGAGCAAACGUAGAACCUUGUGGUCAUUCGAUGCAUCAUGAUUAUCAUCAGUAUUUCUCCUAUAAUCAGAUGGUUGCUUCUUUCAGCUAUUCCCCAAUUAGAAUGCUUGAAAUAUGCCUUCCGCCACUUGAAAUAUACAUUAAACAUCAAAUCCCAUCAAAGCAGCUGAUUAUGCAGGAUUUGAAAGACUUUUCACAAAAAGUAUCGCAGAUUUAUUCAACUGUAGAUGAUCGUCUUGUCUCUCUGAAAACUGACACAUUCAACAAAACAAGAGAAGAAAAAAUUGAAGAUUUGUUUGCACAGAAAGAGAUGGAAGAGGCAGAGUUUCGAAACUGGUUCGAGAAAACGCAGGCAAGAUUGCUGUCCUCUCCAAUUGACAACUGUCAACAGUUGCUAUUUGUGAAUGAUUGCUUAAUUACCAAGAAGCAGAAUUUAUGUGAACUUUUACAGGCUUGGAAUAAUAGACUACAGGAUUUAUUUCAGCAAGAGAAAGGACGAAAGAAGCCAGUAGUACCACCAAGUCCUGGUAGAUUAAGAUCAUCAGAAGAAACAAAGAGCAGUACACUGGACUCUUCACCACGAAAUUCUUCUUCAGGACUACAGAAUGGAGAUAGAGAGGAUCGCUUACUGACUAAUAUGGCAACUGCUGUAUCCUCUAUGAGCAAUGGCAGCUCUCAUUUACCCUGCGCUCCAGAUAUCCACACAGAACAACUAACUGCUGGGCCUGUCAUUCCUACUGUGUCUAUUACCAAUGACCAAGAUAGCAAUUAUGUUGAUGAUGUAUAUGAUGGACAUCUUUUGGGCUCCAGUGACAGUCAAGUGAAAGAAAAGUCAACAAUGAAGGCCAUUUUUGCAAAUUUACUUCCAGGAUGCAGCUACAACCCCAUUCCUUUCCCAUUUGAUCCAGAUAAGCAUUACCUUAUGUGGGAACAUGAGCGUGUCCCGAUUACUGUGUGUGAGAAGGAGCCAAGUUCUAUCAUUGCAUUUGCACUCAGCUGUAAGGAAUACAAGAAUGCUGUUGAAGAGCUUGGACGAGAAUCAGUGAAGAGUGGAAGUGAUGAGACCAUGCAGCAAACAAAUAAUGCAGAUAGACCAAAGGCCAAUAGUCCUGCAAGACACUUGGAAAGUAGCAGCAAUCAAGGGAAUCGCAGUUCUGAUUCUGAACAGACGACAAAAAAGACUUCUGGAGUUUUAUCAUUUUUUCGAGGUUCAGGGGGUAGAAGCCCUGAUCUGUCCAUACAGAGAAAAGAAACUUUACAAGGUGCAGAUAGUGCUUAUUUCCAGGUCACACAAUCAGGGAGAGAAGGGGCAGAGAACCAUGCUGAAGAGUCACAAGAUGAUGGUGAUGGAGACAAGCAAAAGAAGCAGCUUGGAAACAGUCAUGUGGAACUGCAAUUUUCAGACGCCAAUGCCAAGUUCUACUGUCGAAUUUAUUAUGCCGAAGAAUUCCACAAAAUGCGAGACGUGAUUUUGGCAAGCAGUGAAGAUGACUUCAUUCGAUCUUUAUCUCACUGUAUGCCAUGGCAAGCCCGAGGAGGCAAAUCAGGAGCAGCCUUUUAUGCGACCGAAGAUGACCGCUUUAUUCUGAAGCAGAUGCCUCGCCUGGAAGUCCAAUCUUUCCUCGAUUUUGCUCCUCAUUAUUUUAAUUAUAUUAUAACUGCUGUUCAGCAAAAGAGACCUACUGCACUGGCUAAAAUUCUGGGGGUAUAUCGAAUAGGCUACAAAAACUCUCAGAAUAAUACUGAGAAAAAGCUUGAUCUUUUGGUUAUGGAGAAUCUUUUCUAUGGAAGAAAAAUGGCUCAGGUUUUUGAUUUAAAAGGUUCGUUAAGAAAUCGAAAUGUUAAAACAGAAACUGGAAAGGAAACAUGUGAUGUGGUAUUACUGGAUGAAAACUUUCUAAAAAUGAUUCGUGAUAAUCCUCUAUAUAUUCGAUCGCACUGCAAAUCUGUGCUGCGGGCAUCCAUUCAUAGUGAUGCAUACUUUCUAUCAAGCCACCUCAUCAUUGAUUAUUCCCUCCUUGUGGGCCGGGAUGACACAAAAAAUGAAUUGGUUGUAGGAAUUAUUGAUUAUAUCAGGACGUUUACUUGGGAUAAAAAGCUUGAAAUGGUUGUAAAGUCCACAGGCAUCUUAGGUGGACAAGGGAAAAUGCCAACUGUGGUUUCCCCAGAACUUUACCGAACACGGUUCUGCGAAGCAAUGGACAAAUAUUUUCUAAAAGUGCCAGAACACUGGACAGGCCUAGGAGUGAAUUGCUGAAAAAAUAAGGCAUUACUGAAUGUAUGCAAGUGAAGAGGAAACAUUCCAUGAGCUGCACUGCAUUAUUGUCAGAACAAUAAUGUUUCAUUACGGUAUUGAAAAGGAACAGGAAGAAAUCAUUUGCCAGUUUCACCGAAGAAUUCUUAACUUUGAAGUUAUGUUUGGAUGAAUGAAAAUUCUUCAGAAAAGUACUUAGUAUUUCAAAUGGGUCAAUUUGAGGGUAUUAAAUGAGACUUGCAAAGCUUAAAUUUUGGUUUUACUUUGUGCUUAAAAAAUUGUAUGAUAAUGUUUCAAUUAAUUGAGGGUUUAUUGGACAGAAGCAUACACCUGCUUUCAGAUGAUUGAUUCAGUACCUGCACACUCGUGCAUUGUAGUUGCAAUUUCUACAUUUCACAAGAAUUAUAAAGAGCAUGUUAUAUAUGGGGUAUGUUUAAAAAGCUUCUCCAGAGUGUGGGAGCAAUAAAAAAAACUUACUCCUUCAGUAUUUGUACUUAGGCUGUAAGUAAGAGUUAAUGAAUUUCAGUGUUGACUUACCUGUCCCACUGCAAUAUGCAGCUGCAAGAAAGAUGGAGCUCAAAGUAAGUUCUCAAAAUAUAGAGAUGUUGCCAUAAUUUUUUGCUUUUUAAAGAACUUUUCAUUGUAGUAUUUAUUAAAUUGUUGCACUUUGUAUAUUAUUGCUGUAACACGGGUACAGAAAUAGAUUUGUAAAUAGUGCUAAAAAUAACAAAUGUUGUGGGUUUUCUUGUGCUCCUGUUUCAUGCAAUGUCUUUUUAGAACUAAAACCGGAAAGAAUCAUAAAUCAAGUUAAUACAAUGGCUAUUAAUGGUGCACCUUGAAAAGUUGUUCAGAAACAGAUUAUUUGCAUUUAAAAUAUGAAUUUAAUUAUGAAGUAAAAUUCAUUUCAGAGGCUUGUUAAUGAGAAAUAUUACCAAAACUUUCCCCAGAAAUCUGGAGUAGCGAUGUAUAGCUGUCAGUAGAUUCUAUAAUGUGUUUUAUGAUGCUCAAAAUAGGUUAAUUUAUUCAAAACCUUAUUGAUACUUUUGAAAAAAAACUAUAGUGCAUAUUACAAUAAAAUAUUAAGAGCAAAAGUAUGACAAGUUACUCAACUUUUUUGUUGUUGACGACUUUAAGUUUGUUUUGUUUGGCCACCUGCCGUGCCAUUUUAAACUAUCAGGUUUUUUCAAGCGCUAGGGCAUUCAAAUUACUGAAAUUUGGCAGAAUUGUUUUCUCUAGCACUUAAUUUACAUUUGUAAAGCAAGUGUUUUUUUCCCUGGUAUUUAAGCGCAAUGUAAUUUAAAUGCUAGAAAAUAAUCUGCCAAAUAUCUGUAAUUAGUACAGGGCAGUUACAUUUGUAAUCUAAACACUAUAAAUUCUGUGAGUUUUUGUGCUGGUUUGCAUACUAAUUCUUUCUGUCACUCAUGAAAAUAGAUUUCAUCUAUCCCACAAGCCAAAGUGCCUCAUUCCCCCUCUAAUGUCAAUAGAUACACAGCAAGCAGUCCCAGAGAUGAACUAGAGGCCUCAUCUUCCCUUAUUGGGAUGUAUCACCUGCUCACACAUGAGUUUGGUAAGGGUGAAAUUAAAAAAGGCAAACAGAGACUGAUAAACUGCACAAACACUACCACCAGCCUAUAGGGCCAAACAGUUUGUUUCUGCACCCUGUUAAUGAAUAUCUUCAUUGAUAUUGAGGGAGAGUGAAAAUCUCCACAAAUUUCAUUUAAUAUUACAUAGAUAUGAAGUGAUGUUUCAACACAAAUAUAUAUAUGUAACAUUUUCUAUUAUUAAUAUGAAAUAAUUAAGAUAUUUUUCUUUUGAUAAUUCUCAACAAAACAUUAACUGUUAAGACAUUGUUAUUUCCUCUGGAUUAUGAAGCUACCAUGGAACCAUAUCCAGCCUAUGUUUUGCUGAUAGUUUUAGAUUAUCUAUGUCUGACAUGGUAUUUUUGAAACAGUACAAUAAUUUGAAAAGAUGUUUUUACACUCACUUUCUGUUUAUGAAAUGUUGGACCUUAAUUUUCUGGAAAUUUGGCAUUAUAGUGGUGAUGCAUUAAUAGUGAAGCUGUACCUCAUUUGUAAAAUUUCCUGGAAAUAAUGGAAUAAAUGAGUUAUGCUAUUGGUUGCAUUGACCCAUAUUUUGUUGGGGCAUUCACAUAACUCUACAGUUAGCUUCACCUAAAUCAAUAAAAUGUGCUUUAAUUGCACAACUCAUUUUUUCAGUACCAAAACAGAAUUUCCAGAAGUUGGGUGAGCUUGCAACAUUGCAUGUUCCUCCCUCUGAUUCCCUGGACGUGGCAACAGAACUUGUGCUAUGUGAAUAUUUAUAAGCUCUUUGUCAAUUGUGAUUUAGGAAAUGCAGUCUGUGAACUUGCAGAGAAUUUGGAAGAGUCAUCUGUUGUAUAAGUGGGAUGAUGUCUAAGGCUACAUCCACACUAUGCCGGAUAAUUUUGAAAAUGCCAGUUUCAAGUGAAAACAACAGGCGUACACACUAAGCGUUUUUCAAAAUAUCUCUGUCCACACUAACACGGAUAUUUGGGCGAAUCUCCUGAACUGGGCACGUGCAGGACACACAGAAAACAAGCGAAGAACUCUUCUGGCUUCAGUCUCGUUGCCUUCUAUUCUGAAAUUGUUAGGUUCUGCGAAGCGCAGAAUCAAAUAUCGCUGUGAUGAUUGUACGCUCUAGUAUCAAUCGUUUGGUGACAAUAAAGUAGUAGUAAUAAUAAUAAUAAUAAGAAGAAGAAGAAGAAAACAAUGAAAUGCCGCGCUGCUGCCAUCUUUCCAGCACGUCAUGACAGCGGUUUUAAAAAGCUCUGGUUACCCCGUACACACUGCAACGGAUAUUAAAUGUUUUCAGACUUAUUCACUCUGGAGACCGUUACUGAAAAUCUCCGUUUUCAGGGGAUGAAAACGCCGUUUUAGUGUGGACAGAGGGUCAAAACGAAGAGAAAAAGCUUUAUUUUCAAAAUUAUCCGGCGUAGUGUGGACGUAGCCUAAAUCUAUUGUGCAUGAUAUAAAUCGCUGUCAGCAAGAAGUGUCAAAUGUAACAUGUAACAUUUCACCUUGUGCCUUCUGGCUUUUAAGAAGAUGCACACUAUAUGCCAUCUUUGAUGAGAUGUAUGAUGUUCUGGUUUCUGCUUUAUAGCAACCAGUUGAUCUUCAGUUCAUUACCAGCAAGCGAUAUGGAGAAACAGAAGAGGAGAGAACAUGAAGAUCAAGGAGAAUGGGAGAGAAUAUGAAGAUUUCAAGCAUCUGCAACUUACUUUCAAUUAUGGUUGCUCAUGACAUGGAGAACCACUCUGCACGCAUCGCUUCCGGGAGUUUGGGAAAGCGCGCGCACGCACGGACCAGCGCCAAAGUCAGGGCUGAGCCGAGGGUCGGUGCGCAUGCGUCAUGCUCAUAUAUCCCGGCGAGCUUCGCGCGCUUCCUUCUUUCGGUGCUCGGGUUGUCAGGUCCCUGUCGAUAUGCGAGCCAAGUGGCGGAAGAAGCGAAUGCGCAGACUGAAGCGUAAAAGACGAAAGAUGAGGCAGAGGUCCAGGUGAACUACUGCUGAUGGUGCAGUGCUGAUCAGGCUUUGUUGAAUCUUGCAUGGCAAAUGGACUCUUGGACAUUCCUGCUUAUUGUUCCACUAAGAUCAACAACAUAUACGGACGUCUUGGAUACUGGUCAUGAAAGAUCCUGAACACCCUGAACAUCGGUCUGUUUUAGUACUGUGCCAUGAUGUAUAAUAGCUACAAAAUAAAAGAUAAACUCAACCAU